GGAGGCUGGCAGUCAGCAAAGCGGUACUCGGACACGGUAAGGUCCUAGGGUUUUAUAUAAAAUACGGGCGCGCAUAUAGAUUUGCUUCAUUGUCAAAAUGGUUUUGAUUUGGACUCAGUUUGGUUUAAAACACAGAAACCUAAAGUGUAAAGUUCGUGUUAUACACAGAAAUGACAACUGGAUAAUGGGGCAAGCCAAGGUGGUCCCAGAAGUGCACUGUCUGUCCAUCAAAGCUAUGGGGAAGGACUACUACAAAACCCUGGGCAUCCAGUCUGGCGCCAAUGAGGAUGAAAUCAAAAAGGCAUACAGAAAAAUGGCCCUCAAGUUCCACCCAGAUAAAAACAAGGACGCCAAUGCAGAAGAGAAGUUCAAGGAGAUCGCAGAGGCCUAUGAGGUGCUGAGUGACCCAAAGAAGAGGACCAUCUAUGACCAGUUUGGGGAGGAAGGUCUUAAAGCUGGAGGAAGUGGAUCUACUGGAGGCCAAGGGAACACCUACCACUACACCUUCCAUGGAGAUCCCCAUGCCACCUUUGCCUCCUUCUUUGGUGGCUCCAACCCAUUUGACAUUUUCUUCGGGUCAAGCCGCACCCGAGGCUCUAACAAUGGUUUCGGAGACCAUGACAUGGACAUCGAGCUGGAUGGGGACGAUGACCCUUUCAACGCCUUUAGCCGCUUCGGUUUCAAUGGCAUCAACGGGUUUCACCAUGGCGGUGGAGGCGGUCGUCGUCACCACGCCGACGCCCUGCACAGCCGCCGCAAGGUGCAGGACCCACCGGUGGUGCACGAGCUCCGAGUCUCCCUGGAGGAGAUCUUCCACGGCUGCACCAAACGCAUGAAAAUCACUCGGCGGCGCCUCAACCCCGAUGGCAAGACUUUGCGCGCAGAGGACAAAAUCCUCAACAUCAUCAUCAAGAGGGGCUGGAAGGAAGGGACCAAGAUCACCUUCCCCAAAGAGGGUGACGAAACGCCAGAGAACAUUCCUGCCGACAUUGCUUUUGUCCUCAAAGACAAAGGGCACCCCCACUUCAAAAGAGAUGGCUCCAACAUAGUCUUCACUGCCAAGAUCAGUCUUAAAGAGGCUCUGUGUGGUUGCACAGUGAACAUUCCCACCAUGGACAACAGAGUGAUUCCCCUUCCUUGCAGUGAUGUCAUCAAGCCAGGAACAGUCAAGAGACUGAGAGGAGAGGGACUUCCUUACCCCAAAAGCCCAUCUCAGAGGGGGGACCUGAUAGUGGAGUUCCAGGUGCGGUUCCCAGACAGGAUACCCCCUCAGUCAAGAGAAAUCAUCAAACAGCACUUGCCUUCUUAGAGUGAAAGGUGGACAUGGGGAAAUGGGAACUUCCCAGGGUUUAUUUUUAUGUUCGUUUUUUUAUUUAAUUUAAUUUUUUUUUUUUUUUAAAUCAGCCAUCUAGUAUCAUUUUAAAGACAUUAAUAUUUAACCAGAAAGAACUGAAAAGUGCCACAAGAACAUAGUUGACAUCUUUCCAUUAUUUAUUUCUUGCUUUUGCAAAUGGAUCCAUGUUGGCGUUUUUAACAAUUAAGAGUUUCUGCACCUGUUGAUCACUGACUUUCACUCAAGAUGCGUUUUUAAAUUAGUGUUUUGGUCUCUAUUUUUCAUCUUGAUAUUUUUAGGGUAAAAGGGAUUGAGAGUAGAAGGAAAUAAAUUACAUGAAACUUAGGAAACCAGUGAGGUGCCAAUAGCCUUUCGUUUUUCUUAUAUGAAUAUUUUCAAUUUGAACAAGCAUGUUCUUUUGUUUUCAAAAGUUCAGUUAAACAUUGGGCAUAUUUCAGUCAAUUGCAAUUUAAAUGCUACACAUAGAAUAUGAACUAGUAAUCCCAAGGUGGUAAUAUCACCUAGUUGAUUAAAAUAAAAAAAGUGUAUACAGGAAAGGCCUCGAUUUGAAAGGUGCUUUUUUUCCCUGUGAUUGCAGUGUGUUACAGAAUGACUCACCAGUGUUAUUCUAAACUGCCUUAUACUUCCCUUGGUUUUUACUCAAGGUCAAAAAUCACAGAGAAAUCCUGAGUGCCUUAACCUGGCUCAAACCAGCAGCCGACUACAGGCCUACAAUAGGCAGCCCAAGUAUGCUUUUUAACAAGCAUAUCAGUCGAUGUUUAGGGAAGUAUUCAAUAAUAGUGGUACAAGUGUUCCAUAAUGUCGGCUUUUUUAAGUUCACAGAAUCCUAGCUCUAGGGCUCCAACUGCAUGUAUUCCUACAUUGUACAGUCGUAGACUGGAGAGUUAACUUCCAUGACCUCAACACACCUAGAAGGCCGAAGCAGAACAAAACCUAUUUGAUAAAUUAAAAUCUUGUACAAUCAAGCAGGUGAAAAAAAAAAAAUCAGUGUUUAAGACUGCUAUAUGCUUAUGGUAACUUUCAUUAGGUGAUUGGGGCAAAUUUUUUCCACAUCUUUUUUAAAUUAUCUGAGCUUCAUAACUGCUGAAAGGCACCCAACGUGUUUUUCCCAAAGUGGUUUCCUUGAAGCCUUGUUCCAUGUUUAUUGUAUUGGACAUUUACCUUUCCACUGGACAUUUCGGGAAAGAGUAGUCUGAACAUCUUUCUUUUCAUCCUCAUGAAGUAAGGUCAUUUGCUGGUGAGGCAUACGAGAUCCAAAGUCAACAUGCCUCUUGCUGAAGUGUGGUUUCAAUGAUCAGCACUGAGCACUUAACGGAAGCAGCAUUUCUGUGGUGCACUCAAGCUGUUGUCUUGUAGAGAGUAAUCCAUUACCUCUGAAAACUGAUGGUCGGGAACGAUAUUAAGUUAACUUCACUGGAAUGUCAACAAAGAAAGCUAUGUUAUUCACAUUACCUGUUUUAAUAUGUAUAUCUAUGAUAAAAAAUAAACUUGGCUAAUUAUCUUCAUAUAUUUUGCCUGUAUGAUUUUUUUUGCAACAGAUGUAUUAAAUUCUAAUGAAAUGAUUGUCAGAAGUGUUGAGGAUUUUGUAAAUUAGUGAAAUGUACAAAAGCACACAAAGUUUGAUAUACUGAACACUAAUAGCAUGUACAGUAUAAAUAUUUGAAAAUAAGCUAUAUAUACCUACACUCAAUCUUGACAUUGUAAUACAAAGUAGGGUUACCUACUCAGGCAUUUCUGGCAAUUGCCAAUCAGUGCUUUUAUACAUUUGUUUUAAGAUUUUAAAUGGGGGUAUGCACUCAAAUUUUCUUAAGGCUGAUGUGUAAAAUGCUUUGAUUUUCAUAUGCUUUGUUACAUGAAUUACAGCGGUGAAGUUUAGUAUUAAAGUAUUAAAAAUAUGAAACCUG